AUGAAAUAUUAUGAACCGAUAGGUGUAUUUCGUCAACCUGCAAUGUAUAAUAACUACAAUAAUGAAAUAUCUUAUAAUAAUAAAAGUUGGUUAAAUCAUUACUACAACAAUACUACCACUAGUAAUAAACCACAUUUUCAUCGAAGUUUACGGAAAGUUUCAGAAGAGUACAAUGAUCAUUAUAUUACACAAAAAUUACAAUCAGAUUAUUGGACAACAAAACAAUUGACUGAUGAAAAUGUUAUUUGGAAUGAUAUUACAGUAUCAAACGUUAAUGAUAAAUUAUGUAUUGCAAAUAAUAAUAAAAAUAGUAUACAAUUAUCGCUUUUCCAAUUAUCACAGGAUUUGAAAUAUGCUAAGAGAGGCGUAUCUUUGAAUAAAUUACAUAAAGUUACUUUGCCGAAGAAUAAUCCAGUAACAACUUUAUCAUUUGUUGAGUUUCAUUCAAGACGUCAUCAAAAUGAUUUAUUAUUAACAGCUCAUCAAAAUGGUUACGUUCAUUUAAUUACUACUUCAAGUUCAGAUGGUUCACAAAUUGUUUCAAGAUUUAAUCAUUCGAAAUUUAUGACUUUUGAAGGAGAUGCUUUGAUUGCUGGCCAUGUUGGUGCUAUGCCAAUAAGACAAUUAGAAUGUGAUUUAAAUUCAAACAAUGGGUUCGUUUCAUUAAUUAAUGAAUCUUUAUUCAUGUAUGAUAUUUCCAUGAAUAAAUCACCAACUUAUUUAAAUCAUUUCCCUUCAAUUAAUAGUUUUGCACUUCAUAAAGAUACCCCUUUAGUUGCAUUGGCUCAAUCGACAGGUAUAUCCUUCUUAGAUGUUAGAGACUCAAAUCAACCAACUCUUUACGCAACAGGUAAAAAUAUUAUUACCACUGAAUGGAUUGAUCAACAUACUAUCUCAAUUGGUGAAGCCAAUAGUGGCACUAUUCAAUUAUUUGAUAUUCGUAUGUUACAAGAACAAUCUACAACGGUGCCUUUCCUGGAGUGUCAUUUAGAUAUGGAUGUCACAGCACGUUCUUUAAAAUAUGAUUCAGAACACAAGACAUUAUCUGCAUUAGAUGACAUGGGUACAUUGACACGUUGGGAAUUACCAUCGGGUAAUAACACUAUUCCGCAACAAUGCUAUUUGAAAAAUGGUUUACACUCAGUUAACCGCGGUAACAAUGAUGAUGAUAACAAUGAUAACAAUAAUAUUAUUACAAAUGUCUUGAAAUGUGGUGAUACAUUGGUUAAAAAUGGAAAUAUAUCAGGAAUGACAUUAUGGAAGGAUACUGUAAUUGCUCAUGGAUUAAAUGAAUUGAGUAUACAUAGAAUUGUAGACGUUGAGAUGUCUAGUACUGCCACACAAUUACCAUCACCAACUUCUUCUACAGUGACGGUGGUUGGUGACAAAGAAAAUAAAUUUAUCAUGAACUCUCCAGUUGAAUACAAUGAAAAUGGUGAUUCUGACGCAACUUCAUUGUUUGAUUCGUAUAGUGAAGAUGAUCAUGCAGAUAUUGCAACUUUAAGACCAGAACCUUUAUCUCCUUUAAAGAACAAUAUUAAUGAUGAUUCAUCAUUGAAUAAAUUUGCCUCUAAAAAUUUAAGUUGUCAAACAAUUGUUGAGACAACACAAUUAUUCAAUUAA